CGUGCAGCCGCCGGGAUGAUCAACGCCAUCCUGGUGUUCAACAACCACGGCAAGCCGCGGCUCGUCCGCUUCUACCGGCACCUGGUGCGGGGCGGGGGGCUGCGCGCUGGGGGGCCGGGUGGGGCGGGAGGGGUCCGAGGCCGUGGCCGCUCGGUGCCCGCAGGCGGAGGAGGCGCAGCAGCAGAUCCUCCGCGACACCUUCCAUAUGGUGCUGCGGCGCGACGAGCACGUCUGCAACUUCCUGGAGUGCGUCUGUUCGGCAGCCCCGACUGCAAGCUCAUCUACCGGCACUACGCCACGCUCUACUUCGUGUUCUGCGUGGACUCCUCCGAGAGCGAGUUGGGCAUCCUGGACCUCAUCCAGGUGUUUGUGGAGACGUUGGAUAAGUGCUUUGAGAACGUCUGCGAGCUGGACCUCAUCUUCCACAUGGACAAGGUGCACUACAUCCUGCAGGAGGUGGUGAUCGGUGGGAUGGUGCUGGAAACCAACAUGAAUGAGAUCGUGGCGCAGGCGGAGGCGCAGAGCAAGCUGGAGAAGGCGGAGGUGAGCGGCAGCGUGUGGGGUUUGGAGAGGGGUGCCCAGGUGUGGGCGCAGAGCAGGCUGGGCUCUGGGUGCCAUGCAGGAGCCAGUGUGCUGUGGGGCGGGGGGCGGAGAGAGCUGGUGGCUCUCCGGGUCUCCCAGCCUGCACAUCCCCAAGGAAAGGCGCACAGGGUGGGUGCUCCCCAUUGGGGGGUGCAGGGAGCAGCCAGCAUGCAGGUAUUGCUGUGCUGUCAAGGUUAAUAGCGUGCACUGAAACCUUUAUGGCCCGUUGGCGCUGUCAUCGUGAGGAUGCAGCGUGCAGUGACAGCGGGGACGGGAUGUGGGUGUGGGGCUGGCACGGGGCGGGCACCCACCGCUCCCCGCAGGGGGGGCUCUCGGCUGCGCCGUCCCGCGCUGUCUCAGCCGUGAAGAACAUCAACCUGCCGGAGAUCCCACGCAACAUCAACAUCGGGGACAUCAACAUCAAAGUGCCCAACCUAUCACAGUUCAUGUGAGUGUCCCGGCGUGGGGGGCCGGAUCUGAGGCUGACUCUUCUUGGGAUUCCUCAGUGCAGAAACGUGCUCACGGCUGUGGUGGAGCCGCGGUGGUGCCGCUCCUCCCGGUGUGGGGCUCUCUGCCUGCCUGUGUCCCCCAGCCCACCCCGCUCCUGCUGGGGCCCUGUGAAGUUGGCACCUAUGUCACAGGGCAGGGCAGCGGGCUGGGAGCUGCCAGCGUGCCCUGCUGUGCCAGGAGCACGGGCAUGUGAGCAGUGAGCGUGUCCUUCUCCAAAUAAACCGCUGUGUGAACCUG